CGGAUCCGACCCGCCAGCGGAACGACGCUGACGGUUGACUAUCGGUUACCCUGCAGAUUUCCACAAACGACACGACCUCAAAUUCCCUCCAGAACGUCUUUUUAUUCCCUGCAAUUUGGGCCGAUUCGGUGCAUCAUAUAUAGGACCGAAAUGAGAAAAUGGAGCCGCCGUGGGACAAGAACAUGAAGAAGAAGCGCAAGCGGAUCCGCCGCCCCGUCAGGCUGAGAUGCUCCGUCAAGAAUUACGAUUGGGGUAUUUUCGGCCGCAAUUCCAAGGUCGCCAGGCUUUUCGCGCUCAAUUCCGGGUCCGACAUCGACUCGGGCAGACCGUACGCCGAGUUCUGGAUCGGGACUCAUGAAUCUGGUCCGUCCUAUGCGGAUUCCGGGUCGGAGCCCUUGAGUCUCAAGGCCUGGAUCUCGCAGGAUCCCGGUGUGCUUGGCGACAAGGUGGUUGACAAGUGGGGUGCUGAUCUUCCGUUCUUGUUUAAGGUGCUUUCGGUUGGGAAGGCGUUGUCGAUACAGGCUCAUCCGGAUAAAGAACUGGCUAGGGUGUUGCACAAGUUACACCCAAAUGUUUAUAGAGAUGACAAUCACAAGCCUGAAAUGGCAUUGGCAUUGACGGAGUUCGAGGCACUUUGUGGGUUUAUCAGUGUCAAGGAGCUCAAGGACAUGCUUAAUAGUGUUCCGGAGAUUGCAGAAUUGGUUGUAGUUGCAGAUGCAGAGCGAAUUCUACUUGGUAGUGAGCAUCAUGAGAAUGGGAAAGCAAAAACAGAUAUAGAGUCCAUCUUCACUCGACUUAUGUUACUAAGUAAAGAUACAAUUGCUGACAUGAUUUCUAGACUGAAAAGACGUCUUAAUUUAGAGAAAAAGAAAAGGCUUUUGACGGUUAAAGAACAACUGGUACUCAGAUUGGAGAGUCAAUACCCAGAUGACGUUGGUGCAAUAGCAGCGUUUUUUCUUAACUAUGUGAAGCUGAACCGUGGUGAAGCAAUUAGUCUUGGGCCGAAUGAACCUCAUGCAUAUAUUUCUGGUGAAUGCAUAGAGUGUAUGGCAACUUCUGACAAUGUUGUCCGUGCCGGCCUUACUUCAAAACCACUGGAUGUUCAAACACUUCUUUCUAUGCUCAAAUACAGACAGGGUUCUCCAGAAAUUAUGCAAGGCGUUUCUUUGAAUCCAUACACAACAAGGUAUCUCCCACCUUUUGAAGAAUUUGAAGUCGACUGCUGUAACAUUCCUCGCUCUGCAUCGGUGGUUUUUCCUUCAGUCCUAGGACCAUCUCUUUUCAUGUUUACAGCCGGGAAGGGACAUUUUGAUGCAAGUCUGCCUGAGGAUGAUAUAGUGGUGGAGGGUGAUGAUUUAGUUGAAGAGGGUGAGGUUUUCUUUGUGCCUGCCAACACGAAGAUUAGCAUUACCGCCAAAUCAACAGAACUACAAUUGUAUAGGGUGGGAGUGAACAGCAGAUUUUUUGGGGAUUCGUAGUCCGCAGGUACUUCGAAUUCUUCCUUCUUUAUCCGAAAGAAGAAAAAUACGAACUAGAUUUUAUACAGCCACAUCCUGAUGUAAUAUUUGCUCCUUAAUUCUUUACAUUAAUUUUAUUUAUCCUUUCCAAUUCUUAUAAAUUCUAUAACUCGGCCGUUCUUUUGCCAUUUGACUC